UUGAGAUUAACUCCAGUCUGGCGUUUUCUUAUCGGUGUGGGACUAGGGUUUCCAUUACCAUUUGCGGUUAAACUCAGAAACACAACAACAAAGGAUCCCAUUACAUUUACAGCAGCAGCAAAAUCUUCUUCUUCUUCGAUUUCGCUGCUCUCUCUCGUCUAAGAAUCUGGUAAAGUUGUCGUCUUUGAUCUCAGAAUUAUACUUUCCGUUCCCGCCCAAAUCGGAAGAAUUGGGGGUAGGUUUCUGCUGAGUUUCAAAGAAACCCUCGAGGAAGCAACUUCACCUUCGAUUACUCUCAUUCUGGUCCCUGCGUUUCUGAGUUUUAAAAGAUGGCAUCUCCCGAGGAAGCGUACUCAGAUGAAACUCUUGCAUUUAUGGACCUUGCCAUACAACAGGCAAAGCUUGCCUUGGACAGCCUCGAAGUGCCUGUUGGUUGUGUCAUCAUCAAAGAUGGGAAGGUCAUAUCCUCUGGAAGAAACCGAACUACUGAGGCCCGAAAUGCCACAAGGCAUGCAGAGAUGGAAGCAAUUGAUAUGCUUCUUGACAAGUGGCAGGAAAGGGGGCUUUCAAAGUACGAAAUUGCUGAGCAUUUUUCAAAAUGCAUUUUGUAUGUUACAUGUGAACCAUGCAUCAUGUGUGCCACAGCAUUGUCGAUUCUUGGUAUAAGCGAAGUUUUCUAUGGAUGUGCAAAUGAGAAAUUUGGGGGAUGUGGAUCAAUAUUGUCGUUGCAUUUGGGUAACUCUGAGUCGCACAACAGUGGUGGAAUUCCUCAAGGGAAGGGUUUCAAAUGCAGGGGAGGAAUAAUGGCGUCUGAAGCAAUCUCUCUUUUCCGCGGCUUCUAUGAGCAAGGGAACCCUAACGCUCCAAAGCCUCACAGGCCUGUUGUCCGCCAGGAAACGCAAUGAAUAUGCCCGCUAGAAGGUACAGUGCCGUGUUACCCAAUACCAACAACAAGCCCGAAUUCGAAUUAUUUCGAGAUCGAGGAUUUUGCAAAUGCGAGUCCAAAAGAGCUAGAGCACAAACUAUACUUU